ACGCAGCGCUCAGAUGUGACCCGUGUCUGGCAAACCAAGGAACAAUAAAAUGUGUCAAACUUUCAAAACUAUCGGACUCUAACAGAAUACUUUCAUUCUCUAUCUUUUUAGCGAGUCAUAAGUGUUGACGGAACCUGUAGAGUAUCGUCAGUGGUGACUGCUGGAGAGGAGCACUCAUAGGACUUUAAAACAGCAAGAACAAUAUGGCAACGGACUUGGCUUUACAGCCUAAUCGGAUCGACCAAAGUGGGAGCUUCCUUCAGUUGUUGGAUGCAUUUUCAUUGGCGUUGGAUACGCUGGAGCAGCAAAUGGUUAAUUGUGCUCAGGAAACAGAAAGAGAUGUAUACAGAGGUCCAGACUCGUCUCUGCUCAUAGAGAUAGAGGGAGAGAUGAACAGUGUUUGUCUACACUAUCCUGCAGUUAAUGAUGAUGGUGUGAGCACAAGUGUGAGUGUGUUGGACAAACUAAUAUACACACACCCCAUCUGGCUUCUGCUUUCCAUCGACCAGCAAGAGGCCACCGAUAUUCUACUGCAGCAACCACCAGGGGUGUUUUUGCUGUGGAGGUCAUCUGUCCUGCAGAAGAAGGUCUUGUCAUUUCAUAGAGAUGAUGACUCAGACUCCGCUGUGAUUCACAUCCCUUUAAAGGAGAGCCAGUACACAUUUUCUCUGGAGGGAUCAGGAAUCAGUUUUGCUGACCUCUUUCACCUCAUAGCCUUUUAUUGCAUUAGCAGGGACAUUCUGCCAUCUACCCUGAAGCUUCCAGAAGCCAUUCGCUCAGCUGAGACCCUGUCAGAUCUGCAUGAGGUGGCCCAGCUAGGGGCAGCAUUCUGGAAAUCUUUUCUCAACAAAGACCAGGGGGCACUUUCUGUCCCAGACAAUACUCUGUUUCAGGACAGUCCACUAAUUUCUCUGCAUGCCAACUGCUCUGACGUCUUACAGGUAGAGGAUCACACCUGUACCCCAGCUGGGAAGAUAAAUACCCCACUACCUGUCGCUGAAACCUGCCUUAACACCCUCAAUGCUGAGGGAAGUUGCUCCAGCAGUACUUUGUCCUUCAUCAACCCUGUCUUCAGCCAAACACAGGAAUAUCUGUCUGGAAAUGCUACAACAGUGAUCGCAAAAGACCCAACAGCAUCCAACGGAAAAUCCUGUCCUCCACCCAGGCCUCCUUCACCCCAGCAUUUAGUACUUAGCCCAACUGUACCCCCAGGUCCAAGGACUAUGCCUUUGAGCAAUGGCUUCAACAGACUGAGCCAGAGAUCCAAAUCUACAGCAGCUGCCAAGAAACCUGCUCCUCAUCCUCCACCACGACCUCCACAGCCACCAGACAUAGACAGCUACCGCUGCACCAUUGCUUUAGAGGAAGAAACCAUCUCUAGGGCACUUUCUCGAGCCAAUCUUCCCCAUACAUCUCCUGUAAAGCAGACCAGCUGCACUUACCUGCAGCAAUGGACUGGACCAGACGAGAAAGAAAGAAACUCAAGUGGGAGAAGUUUUUCCACUUCAUCAUCUGACUCUCUGGACUCUCAUCCAUGCCCUAUCCCUUUGGGCCUUUCCCAGAGUGUGGGCCAAGGCCUCUACACGGAUGACAGCAGUGAUGAGGAUGACGUUGAGGAGGAAGACUACGGUGUGGGACUCAAGAGAGAACUGCAUCUUCGACUUCGGGCUUCUCGCAAGUCACAUAGACUACGGGCGGUUCAGCUAGCGGGGGCUCAUCCAGGAUCACUUGAUAUAUUCCCACGGGCACUAAGGGGACACUUCCGUAAGGUGCGAGGUGUUCUUGCUACCCCAGAGAAACGCAUAUUGAUGCAGAUCCUUGAGCUCGCCCAAGACAAAGGCUCCUACUUUGGGUGUCUGGUGCAGGACUAUGUGAGUUUUGUGCAGGAGAACAAAAACUGCCACUCAUCCAGCCAGGAUCUUCUGCAGACACUCCGCCAGUUCAUGACCCAAAUGAAGGCUUACCUCAUACAGAGUUCAGAGAUGAACCCACCUAUAGAGUCUUAUAUACCCGAAGACCAAAUUGAUCCAGUGUUGGAGAAGGCCAUGCAUAAGUGUGUGCUGAAACCUCUGUAUGGUACAGUGCAGUCGGCGCUGUAUGAGUUCCAGGUGGCCAGCGGGACGUGGCAGAGGCUGCAGGAGAAUCUGACCCAGGCUAAGGCCAAACAGCCCUGUGAGCUGGGUGCGAACAGAGCCAGGCCACCGGACGGCCAUGCCAUCCACAGGAUCCGCCGAAAGCUCCGCGCCAUGUGCAGGAUGUACUCACCUGAGAGGAAGAUUGUGAUGCUGUUGAAAGUGUGCAAACUCAUCUACAAUAUUAUGCAAGAGCAUACAGUGCGGAUGUUCGGAGCGGAUGAUUUCCUGCCCAUGUUGACAUAUGUGUUGGUUCAGUGUGACAUGCCUCAGCUGGACACAGAGAUCCUGUAUAUGAUGGAGCUGAUAGAUCCACCGCUGCUACAUGGAGAAGGAGGUUAUUACCUAACCAGUGCAUAUGGAGCGUUGUCACUGAUUAAGAACUUCCAGGAAGAGCAGGCGGCUCAAAUGCUCCGUUCUGCAACACGCGACACACUCCGCCAGUGGCACCAACGUUGCACCAUGCAGAGAAACCUGCCCUCUGUGGAUGACUUCCAGAAUUACUUACGAGUGGUUUUGAAGAAGGCAGAUAGCGGCUGUACAGCUAAAACCCUGCAGGUGGGGCCCUACACCACCACGGAAGAGGUGUGUCGCCUUUGUGCCCUCAAAUUCCACGUGCCAGAUCUCGAAAAUUACGGGCUCUUUCUCAUGAUGGACGACAGCAGUCAGCAAUUGUCUGCAGACACACACCCUCAGUGGAUAAAGGCAGAGUUACAUAGUCGACCGCACUCCCAGCCAUUUUAUUUUGUCUACAGGAAGAUACCCAACAUAAAUGACUGCACUCUUGCUCAACAACAGCAUUAGAGCUGCCCUGCAGACUGAAGAGGGAUUUUACUUUUCUGCAGAACAAGACUUUUAUUAAAUUAGGGCCCUUCAUGGUUCUUGCAGUUCCACUGCUUUGUCUAGAAAGCAAAAUAUUGUCUGAACGCUCAGUUGUAGGAACUUGUUAAAUGAGGGUGUGACUUAAAUUAAUGUGUAUAAAGAUCAAAGAAUGAAAGAUUUGCUGUUGAGGAGCAUGCUGCCAAAAAAUAAGAAUGUAGCCAAUGCAAUAGGGUCUGCUACCUGACCCGAGCCUGAUGGAAACUGUUGGGAUUCAGGCCAGGUUCACUGCAAAAAAUCAUUUUCUUAAAGGUGCACUCUUCAUCUCACAUGAGUGGUCAUGAUUUUAUGCAUAUGUUUCAAAAUUACUUUGUUUUCAUGCACAACAUAUUUUCAUUGUUGUGCAUGAAAAUCCCAGAAGAUCAGCUGAAGCUGAUAACUGAAGCUCCUGACCUGUAUCUGCGUGAUUUUAUGCAUUACACUGCUGCCACAUGAUUGGCUGAUUAGAUAAUCGCAUGAAUAAGUACUGUAGAUGUACAGGUGCACAUAAUAAAGUGGCCGGUGAGUGUAUUUACAUGUCAAGCAAAAUGACAUAAGAUGCUAAGUCUUUUUUUCAAUGGUGAAUAUAUCUAAAGAUUUGUCUGUUAGAUUUGUCUGAAAAUAAUACUUAUUUAUAAGACUUAAAGUAAUUUUGCUUGUCAUGUAAAUGUGUCUAGUUUUAAGGAUGUUUAGAUAUUUUUACCAUACUUUGUUUAAAUUAGAACUUAAUUGUAAAAAUUCCUGUGAGAAUAUGUGUAUUAGGGACUACUUUGGAAAGGAAAGAAAGAUAGCAAAAUUUUGGGUUUGGAAUUAAAAUUUGACAGUACCAGUCAGGGGUGCGUUUCCCAUACAACUGUGUAACUGACUGCUUAGCCACCAUAGUACGAUGCAUCGUUGGAGUCACGACUGUUUCCCGAAACCUUAGUAACUAUGUCCCACAUCCAUUAUUUGAACCACGUUGGUUCAACAAUACAGAGCUGUCGUUAAUGACGUUAUUAAGGGGGUGGAGUAAUAACGUCAUUAAUGACAGCUCUGUAUUGUUGAACCAACUGGAGUAAAGCGAAUAAUGCUCAUCAUCUCCUAACAAGGCCUCAUGUCAAGGUCUGGGUAGAUUAGAUGGUAAGCGAACAAUCAGUUCUCGUAGUCAACGAGUUGAAUGCAGGCGAAAUGGGCAGGAUUACAGACCUAAGUGACCUUGAAAAUGGUAAAAUUGUUAUGGCUAGACGACUGGGACUAGAGCAUCUCUGAAAUGUGCUCUCGGUCAGCAGUGGUGAGUACCUACCGACAGUGGUCCAAGGAGGGACAAACCACAAACCGGCGCCAGGGUGUUGGGCGCCCAAGGCUUAUCGGUGCGCGAGGGUAACGAAGGCUAUCCUGUCUGGUCGAAACCAACAGAAGGUCUACUGUGGCACAAAUCAAAGAACAUUUUUUGGGAAUGGUUUGAGGAACAUAAUGAUAAGUUGAAGGUGUUGCCCUGGCCUCCAUACUCCCCAGAUCGCAAUACGAUUGUGUAAUGUGACAGAUACAAUGCGCUACAAUAGUGGGGUUUCCCUUAAUAUCAGACUUUGGGUUUCCCCUGACGCAUUUGAGCACAUGCCCACUCUUCAAAAACAUAUAAGAACUUCUCUUAUGCAUUAACUGUGUCCAUGUUAAUGCAUAAGAGAAGUUCUUAUAUGUUUUUGAAGAGUGGGCAUGUGACACAUAAGCCGUGUUCUCUGACAGAAGCCAGGUGUGUUAAAGUGCUUUCUCUUAACAACCUUUAAACCCUUAAAUGGUUUUUAAAUGGCAUUUGUGUCUAUGUGACGUUUCAGAACACCGCAUUCUGCAAAACCCCUGAAUAAGCAGUUUUCUUAAGUGCAUGCAAACAUGGUCAAAGUCUUGAUAGAAUGAAAGAUAUAUAUGGAAUAAAAGAUGUAGAAGCCUCAGUGAAGUCAAAUGAUGUCCACAUAGCAAACUUAUAAGGAACUAAGUUUCUAACCACAGGUGGAGAGCUGUAGUCCCAACCACUCAACUUUGCGAUGCUGUUUGCGAAUGUUUUUUGGAACUACGGCUUCGGGAAAGAACGAAUUGUUGAACUAUGUUGGUAACGAAGGAACUUGCGACCGUAGUAGGCUAACGAUGGUUUUGGGAAACCCACCCCUGUUCAGGUUUGGCCACAAGGUCUUGGGUUCAGACUUCAACUAAUGUCCACCCAGACCUCUAAGUGUUAUAUGUGAAAUAUUUUUCCUGAAAUGUACAUUUAUAUUUUAAAUAGAAAUGUUUAUAACAGAUGUUUUAUAUUAGGCGUUGGUUUGUCUCAUGAGCAUCAUCAUGUAUAUAAAGAGAAGUAGGCUACAGUAUACAUGUUAUUCCUUUGAGUCAAUAUUGUUUCUGCUUUGUGUAUAUUACCAAAAAUGGCAGCACUGCACUGACAGCCAUAUUGUAACAUUUUGUUUGUAAAUACAAAGGUAUCAGGGAUUCACUCCUGUUAAAGUGUGUAGAGUUCUGUAUAUAAUCUACAAGCUAUUUUUGCAAUCAGGCUGAAGAGCGUUGAGAGCUUUUGCAUUCUUGGAAGAAGAGUGACCUCUGAUUGUCACGGGACUCUCACAUCUACUGAAUAGUGUGAAACUUCUCUAGACACUGUGAGGGAGGCAACUUUUAAAAUGUUAACUUUAACAGAGAUGGUGCAAAGAGAUCAUGUGGGGUGUUUUUCUUUAUCAAAAACACUGUGGUAUUAUUAUAUCAUCAAAGAUUAUCAGAUUUUUUCAGCUGUAGAUAUUUCUACACUUACUACUUGUGAAAUUAUACUUAUUAUGCUCCUUAUACAUCAGCCUAAAGUCUGAUAGUGCUCUACUGUAAACAUUUUAUAGAUUUUUUUUUUUUUUUGUGCCAAAACAUCUAUGAUGCACCAAGUGCUGAGAAUGUGAAUGAUUUUGACCUGUUUUCUGAACUUUUAAUGAUAAUUUAAAUCCUGAGUAUUCUACUGCAUUUGGUGGAAUUUACAUUGCAGGUAAUAAAGAGCUGUGCUUUUAU